AGACCUGCCUGGACAGGACAUGUUGUAUUUGAUUCCCGAUUUUUAUUAGUCCAUAAUCGUUUGAAGUUGUAAACUGGUUGACCUGAACACGUUAGAGACUGUGUUUAACUCGAGUACUGCGUGGAAAUACUACCAAAACACGGCGAAGGAAGGAGCUACGCGAAACUCUUUCCCAUUCAACUAUGAUUGCGGGUGUGGGUGGCGGCGGCCGUGUUAUAUAUCGUUCUAACAAUUGCUGUGACCCGGUAGGUCGAGCUCUGGCAAAAUGUCUGGCUCCUAUGAUCGUCGGCACGGUCUUCUUCCUUCAGGGCUGUGUCUUUACCAUUGUGGGGUUCAGUCUUGGUGAUAAACUACCGCCGUUCAAGGUGAUCGGACCCACGUUUCUGUGCCUGGGUAUUGUACUCCUCCUCUUGGCGUGCUUCUGUUGUAAAAAGGCCCGGGACGCCUUCAACCAGCAGGGCGGGCACUCGGUACAGGUGGUGACUUCCUCCACAGCCCCCCAGGCGCCGGGACAGACCGUGGUGACCGGCGCGCCCGGCGUACAUGUAGGUCAUGCCGCUCCCACUGUGACGUCGGGGACAUCUCCAGAACAGUACCCCGGACCAUAUCCCGCAAGCGGCGGGCACCUGACCACGGCCUCAGGGACAACCGAUCACCAGUCGUCGGACCACGCCUACCAACCGUCGCACAUCGGUAUUGCUCCGCCGCCUUCUUACCAUGAAGCCACCGGUGGAAAGCCAUAAUGGACUUACUUAAGCCUCGGUCACAACCCACCGUACGUGCUUCUGCGUGCUGUCUACGUGCAAAAACGUGGG